AUGCUACGAUAUGUGGGGUGGAUUUGGCCCCAGCAGACGCCUCGUCAGUUCCUGACUCUUAAAGAAGGAAAGCCACCUGCUAUACUUUUCGCAUCCAUAGCGAACCCUGUACCUCAGUAUUCUGGAACAAGGCACAAUGUCGGUAACUGGGCUCUCGAGGAAAUCAUAAAGAAGAGAACAGAAAUACCCCCACUUAAGUCAUCGCUGAGAUACCGUGGAUUCCAUGCUUCCGAAUGUCCGUCCCUAAAUUGUGAAUUCCUCAAGUCUACUCUGUCUUUCAUGAACCUCCAAGGAAGACCCAUCGGCAAGGCUUGGAACCAGUUCCAGAAGUCAUAUCCUGGGCAUUCGACCGCCUUGGUAAUUCUCCAUGACGAGAUUGAAAUUGCCCCUGGGAAAGUACAGGUCAGAAGGCAAAACACCAGUGCCAGAGGACACAAUGGACUCAGAUCCAUAGACAAGGCUGUGGGUCCAGGCUACACGAAGAUUGGCAUUGGUGUGGGCAAAUCAGACACUCUCCCAGUUGAUAAGCAUGUCUUGUCCAAGUUUACACCUGAAGAACUCGAGCUUCUUACUGAAAAGAGCCUUCCCCAGGUAGAUAGCAUCAUCGGCGACAUGCUUCAAGGAAAGUAUAUCUACGAAAAGCAGUGA